UUCACCGCUACAGACUCGUCGCUUCCCCGUUGUCACCCAGGGGUUAAAAAGUUAACUAAACUUCAAGCAGUCAUGGAAACUAAUUUUGGACACAGCGUUGACUCGAGUCAUCGAUAAUAGCAAUACGCACGCCGUGUUGUUGUCACCGAAACAACUUGUGGAAGUGAACGGAGAGUUUUUUUUCCGCUUUACUUAACAUUAUUGUUGACGACAAGCUAGCCUGGCUAAAGCUAACGUUAGCGGGUUUGAAUCGCAUAUUUCGGGGGGUAAUAUUCACACUGUUAAAGCUUCAGGUUGUGGUAUUUGUGGUAGGUGGUAGAGUUACGUCCUCGUUGGUAUUUCACACACGCAACAGGUUGUUGUGUACUUCUUCUCCCGAGGACUUUGAGGACUGUGCUUUGAAUUUCCCUCCUUCACCGAUACAGACAAGCGAGAUGGUCGUAUGGGUUUCUGCCAAAUUAUUAGCAACACUGUGCUAAUUGAGGCUAGCUACCCCAGAGCAUUAGCGUAGGCCCCAGGGAGGUUACACUUUAUCGGAAAGUUUUGGGAACAUUAUCGUUGCGCUGGAAACGAGGAGCUUAACAGCUACACGUGUUUAUUUUGACGCACAAUUCAAGGGAAACGGAUUAAUUUAUUAAUAUGGAUCAACCCUCGGGGAAUUCUGCCUCAGCUGCUGGUCCAAAGAAGGACAAGAAGUCAAAGAAGGGCAUCGACGAUGGAGACGGGAAAAAGAAAUUCAAACUCAAACGGCUGAUUCCUGAUGAGCUGGAGCGCUUCACGAGCAUGAGAAUGAAAAAGGACAAGGAGAAGCCCCAGAUUCCAGGUCAGCGACAUUCUUCGGCUGCCAGCUAUGAGAUCAGUGCUCAGGGUGCCAUGCUGAAUGAUCACCCUGAUGAAUAUGUCCUGGAACUCUUCGAGCAGAUGCUGGUGGAUAUGAACCUGAAUGAGGAAAAGCAGCAACCUCUGAGAGCGAAAGACAUUGCGAUCAAAAGAGAGAUGGUCUCCCAGUACCUCCACACCUCAAAAGCUGGCCAAGACCAGAAGGAGAGCUCCAAGUCAGCCAUGAUGUACAUCCAGGAGUUAAAGACAGCCUCCCGAGACUCACAGCUGCUGGGCUGUCUGGAAUCCCUACGAGUUUCACUCAAUAACAACCCUGUCAGUUGGGUGCAGAACUUUGGAGGUGAGGGCCUGGCACUGCUCCUGAAUCUACUUAAACGUCUACAGGAGGAGAAAGAGGAAUUCGUAGCGAUGGGAGUAAAGUGUCAACAUGAGAUAAUUCGCUGUCUGAAAGCCUUCAUGAACAACAAGUAUGGUCUAAAAUCCAUGCUGGAGUCUGAUGAGGGAAUUCCCCUGCUGGUCAGAGCCAUCAACCCCGGGGUACCUCUCAUGAUGGUGGACACUGUCAGGCUGCUCUCUGCCAUCUCCAUUUUGGAAAGCUUUGGAAAUGCCCAUGAGCGUGUCUUAGAGGCCAUUACAGAGGAGGCUGAAAAAAGGGAAAUUGAGAGAUUUCAGCCUCUUAUUGCUGGCAUGGAGAAUCAUAACAUUGCUCUUAAGGCUGGCUGCAUGCAGCUUAUCAAUGCCUUAAUAAGUCGGGGCGAAGAACUGGACUUCAGAAUCCAUAUUCGCUCUGAACUUCUAAGGUUGGGACUUAGAGAUCUGCUGAAGGAGCUGCGGACAAUAGAAAAUGAAGAGCUGAAGGUGCAGCUCUCAGUGUUUGAUGAACAGGCUGAAGAUGACUCUGAAGACCUAAAAGCACGUCUUGAUGACAUCCGUUUAGAAAUGGAUGAUGUGAGGGAAGUGUUUGAAAUCCUAGUCAACACAGUAAAGGACUCCAAAGCUGAAAGUCAUUUCCUGUCCCUGAUGCAGCACCUGCUUCUGAUACGUAGUGAUUAUUUGGCCAGGCCUCAGUACUACAAGGUGAUUGAUGAGUGUGUUGCUCAGAUUGUUCUUCACCGGAAUGGUUCAGACCCUGACUUCAAGUGCCGUAGGCUCAGUAUUAACAUUGAAGGCUUGAUAGAUAAUAUGGUAAACCAGACCAAAGUGGAAGCCAGUGAGGCCAAAGCCAUUGAGCUGGAGAAAAAGCUGGAUGCGGAGUUGACGGCACGCCAUGAGUUGCAGGUGGAGCUGAAGAAACUGGAGGGUGAUUAUGAACAGAAGCUGCAGGACCUGAGCCAGGAGAAGGAACAGCUGGCCUCUUCUAAGCAGGAGCAAGAAAAGGAAAAUCAGGGGCUACAGCAGCAGCUUGGUGCUUUGGAAAAGCAGAUUCAAAAGCUGUCUAAAGAUCUGGAAGUUGCCAAAACAAAGGUUGUAACGGUUACUGUUCCCGUGCCAACACCUGGUUUGCCCCCGCCACCUCCACCCCCACCCUUACCAGGCCAGCCAUCCUUACCUGUUCCCCAAGUCCCACCCCCUCCUCCUGUACCAGGUCAUGCUUGCAUUCCUCCUUCACCUUUACCUGGCAUGCCAGGACCUCCACCACCCCCACCCCUUCCUGGCAUGCCAGGACCUCCACCACCCCCGCCUCUCCCUGGCAUGCAAGGACCACCACCACCACCACCACCACCACCCCUUCCUGGCAUGCCAGGGCCACCACCGCCCCCACCCUUGCCUGGCAUGCCUGGACCGCCACCACCUCCACCCUUGCCAGGUAUGGGACCUCCACCCCCACCUCCCCCACCCGGCGGCCCAGGUAUUCCUCCUCCACCUCCGGGCCUGGGUAUGCCUCCACCGCCGCCAUUUGGCAUGGGGGGCUGGGCUGCCCCUGCACCACCUUCACUACCAUAUGGGCUCCAGCCUAAGAAGGACUACAAGCCUGAGGUCCAGCUGAAGAGAGCAAACUGGAGUAAGAUCGGACCUGAAGACCUCUCCGAGGACAGUUUCUGGGUCAAAGCCAAAGAGGAGAAAUUUGAAAACAAUGAGCUCUUUGCCAAACUCACCCUGACCUUCUCCUCGCAGACGAAGACCUCUAAAGCUAAAAAAGAGCAGGAUGGCGGAGAUGAAAAGAAGCAGGUGCAGAAGAAGAAGGUGAAGGAGCUGAAAGUUCUUGAUGGAAAAUCUUCACAGAACCUCUCCAUUUUUCUGGGAUCGUUCCGUCUCCCAUACGAAGAGAUUAAGAGUGCCAUCCUGCAGGUCAAUGAGAAGAUCCUCACAGAGUCCAUGGUUCAGAACUUGGUCAAACAACUUCCAGCACCAGAUCAGCUGAAUAUUCUGGGAGAGAUGAAGGAUGAAUAUGAUGAUUUGGCUGAGUCAGAACAAUUUGGAGUAGUGAUGUCCAGUGUGAAGCGGCUGAUGCCAAGGCUUCAUGCCAUUCUGUUCAAGCUACAGUUUGAGGAACAGCUGAAUAAUAUCAAGCCAGAUGUGGUGUCUGUAACGGCAGCCUGCGAGGAGCUCCAGAAGAGUGAGACCUUCUCCAAGCUGCUGCAGAUCAUCCUCCUCGUUGGGAACUACAUGAACGCUGGCUCCCGCAAUGGAAUGGCAUUCGGCUUCACAAUAUCAUAUCUGUGCAAGCUGCGUGACACUAAAUCAGCUGAUCUGAAGCAGACAUUGCUCCAUUUUCUUGCUGAUGUGUGCCAGGAGCAGUAUCCUGAUGUCAUGAGCUUUCCAGACGAGCUCAUUCAUGUGGAAAAGGCCAGCAGAGUUUCUGCAGAGACAAUUCAGAAGAAUCUAGAGCUGAUGGCCCGCAACAUCAAGAACUUGCAGAAAGAUCUGGAAACUUUUCCUCCUCCACAAAAUGACAAAGACCUCUUUGUGGAAAAGAUGUCGAGUUUUGUGAGCCACGCUAACGAACAGUACGAGAAGCUGGACCUGAUGCAUAAGAACAUGGAGAGCCAGUAUGAUAAUUUGGGAAAAUAUUUUGUCUUUGACCCUCGAAAAAUCUCAGUGGAGGAAUUCUUUGGAGACCUCAACAACUUUAAAAACAUGUUCAAGCAAGCGGUGACAGAGAAUCAGAAGAGGAAGGAGGCUGAAGAAAAAAUCAAGAGGGCAAAGCUGGCAAGAGAAAAGGCAGAGAAGGAGAAAGAAGAGAAACUCAAGAGGAACCAACUCCUCGAUAUCAACGCAGAGGGUGAUGAAACUGGUAUCAUGGAUGGCCUGUUGGAGGCACUGCAGUCUGGUGCUGCUUUCAGGAGAAAGAGAGGACCACGGCAAGCAGCCAGCCACAGACGAGCUGGUCAUGCAGUGACCAACAUCUUGGCCAAAGAGCUGAUGCAGGAAGGAGCGACUCCAUCCAGUAAAGUGAAGACAAAAUCAGAGAAGGAGGAACCAAAACUAGAAGGAGCAGAGUCCUUAGAGGAGUUACUGGAUGCUGCUCCCUUUCGAGCUAAUUAAGCUUCUAGGUAGAAAGUUUUUACCAGCGGUCAGUACUCUUCAACACAGAUUUAUUUUCUUAGGCAUUCCAGGGGCCAAUAUCAGAUUGACUUUAGUUUACUGUGGUUUUCCAUCCCUCUUCUUAAAAGGACCUACUUUUAGGAUAGCGUUGAAUGUUUCUUGGGGAAUGACAGGAAGAGGCAGAGCCUGACGGUGGCCCUCAGCCUCAAACGUCAUGUCUCCCAACAACUUUUGGAGCUUUGCCAAUAUCAGGAUUUAAUUGCUUUCCUUCAUCAAAUGUUCAAAACUGUUCUUUUUUGUAUGUUGCUGUUUCUCUUUAUUGUUCAUAGUUAAUUUUACCCAUCACUCAUCAAAGGGGACCAUUCCAAAGAUGUACUCAGGAAGGAGCCACCCUUUCUUUUUGUAGUCAUUCCUAAACUUAGAAUGGGAAUGUGGAGAGUAUGGCACAUCCCACAGGUGGUUAACAGAGCUGUUGGGAUCUUCCAGCCAUGACUACUCAGCUUCCUGUUUUUGUUUUUAAACUAUGGAAAAUAUUGCUUUGUAAUGUCACGGUUUGCGAUCAUUUUGCUGUAAACAUUGAAAAAAGUGCCAAUCAGCAGAAGACCAGUCAUAUCAUUUCAUAUGUGGGCGGUGACCAGUUGAAGUUCACACCGGACAGGCACGAUGGCCACCUUAUCCAGAGCACUCAUCACCUAGAUUUAUGUUUAAUGGUGUGUGUUUUUGUUUGUUUGUUUUUACUGGGAAGAAGAAGGGAAUUAGCUCACUGGUGCACAAGUUAGAUUUUAUAUAAAAACUUGUAUCAUUGAUAUCAGCUUGUCUAAGUUGUGUUAUCAAACCUCAGCAGCUGUAUCAAGAAAACACACUUUCAUAUAUGAGCACGAUUAUUCACAGAGUUUCAAAUUUUUAAAAAAAAAAUUGCUGUUUUUUCUCUCUGUCUUCAUUUUGAAGGGUGUUGCCGUACAAAUAUGCUGUAGCCUGGCUGGCAGUUUGCAUGCCUGUGUGUUUUUAGGUAUGAAAAAGUCUGUGUGAAAUUAACUGCCUAUAUUUAGUUUUCUCUGCACAAUCAACUGUGUACAUGUAGGUUAGAGUGUGUAUUGCCAUCUGUAAUUACUGUAUGGUACUGAACAUGCUGUCAUAAAUGAUAGCGUUGUGGUCUUUCUGCUGAGAAUAUAGCACACUGGAAAACAGCCCUGAAACUGCUGAGAGACAUAUGUGUGAGUGUGUGUUCACCCACUCUCCUUCCCACUGAACUGCAACAGUAGUCUCUGAAUCUCUGGCCCUGCUUCUAUUUGUAUUUUUCAGCCAUCAGCAUGCAUGUUGCCAUGAUGACGUGGUGCUGUAUCUGACAGGAAGCCUGUGAGGUGAUGUCAGUUGCUCCAUGCAAGAUUUACUCCUAUGCAAAUCCAUCACUGUAGUGUGCAUCCAGCCCCAAUACCCAGACAGUCCCGGGACAUACAAAAACUAUCAUUUCCUCAUAGGGCUGGUGAUUGAGUGUCAAAACAGCACUGAUAUUGCAACCAACAUUAAUAGAAAUCAGUGUUCUUUAGGGAAAUGGCACUUAAACACCAUCAAAUCAGACUCUGGAGCACUGGAUAUAUAGAAAGCUUUUUUUCUUCUUCUUUUUUUGUCAAUCAAGUGCUGAUGCAUCGUUUUAAUCUAGAAACACUGAGAAUAAGAUAAAUAAUGGUUAAACUGCUGCACCUGCACAAAACAUGUCAUCUCUGCAUUUAACAGACAUGAUUUUUUUUCCCCUGUGAUGUCUUUCCGCGUUCAGGUAGACACCACCAGGUAAUUGUAUGAACCAGAUUGACAGACAGUGAUGCUGGAAAGUGUAUUAAAGUACCACUGGAAUAUUUGUCCUGAUUUUGAGUUAAUCCUUUUGCUUUGUUUUUUUUUUUCUCUUUUUUUUAAGAGAUUUUUUUCUAUGUGAAUUUUUAUGAUUAUUUUAAUGUAUUUGAAUGGAGAUUUUUUUUUUCUUUCAGAGAUUGCUUUAUGGAUACAGAAUAAUGCACGCAGCCAUUCUGUUUGUUACACCAAACCAUUAAAAAUGUCUUAAGUAA